CCUUCGAGGUGGUGUGUCUGUCGGCCAGCGGCUCGGCGAAAGGCGCAGCAAGGCGGGAGUGGCUCACAUGGCGCCGUGUGGGCGCCGCUGCCUGGCACUUGACCGUCUGACCUUCAUAAGCAAGGGCUGCCCCGUCGGGACGGCUCUCACCCCAACUCCCUCCGAUCGCUACCGCCCCUCUCCUUCUCUCCGCGUCCGCUCUCACUCUCCGCGAUGGGUCUCUCUUCUCUUAACAUCGCGAGCAUUCCGACCGAUCCGGAGGAGCUGCGCAAGUUCACCAUCGCCUUCAUCAAUGGCGCGAACCCGCUGAUCUGGACGACAUUCCUCUGCGUCGGCUUCUGCGUCGGCGACUCCUUCACCCAAGCCAAUCGUGAAAAGAACCUGCUCAAGAACAUGCGCCCGGCCACAUACUGCUACUUCACCAUCCGCAUCGCCAAGUUCACCGCCCUCGUGCUCUUUAGCCUCACCAUACCUCUGGGCGGCAGCAACGACACCUUUGCAAACGCCGGGACCAAGAUCUACUUCUUCCUCGAGGCUGUUGUCUACGCCGCCGUCAAGGCAGUCCUUCUCCUCCGAACGCUCGCCCUCUACCAGAAUCAUACCGCGGUCCGAUUGUCUUGUGUUCUUGCCUGGUUUGUGGCGUCAGGCUUUCAUUUCAUCAACUGCUGGACGUUUUCGGCGACGGCGAACCCCAUUCCGGGCCUAACCAUCUUCCGGCCUGUGACACGCGGAGGCCUGCUCCGCGUCUGGCCCUAUUUCGUCAGCCUUGCCUUCGAGACUGCCAUGACCAUCUUGACGUUCUACGGCUCCCGCCGCGGCACGCCUCUCCUCACCACCCAAGAGAUGCUCCGCAUGCAGCCUAGCCGCGGCAUGCGCGUGCAGCGCGGCGAGCUGGUGGCCUCGAAGAUCUUCCGCGGCCAGCUGCUCUACUAUGCCUGUCUUGUUGCCUGCACGAGCGUCACCGGCGUGAUGCAGUGUGUCUCGGCUAUCAACGGCUACUACUCGCUCGUGCCCCUGCCCGUCGGCCUCACGCUCACUAGCGCCAGCGCGUGCAACAUCAUUCUGUCGCUGCGCCUGCCCGCCACCGGCAUCGUCGAGAUGGACCCUGCUGCUCCCCUCGCUGCCGCCGCGGCUGCUCGCACCGACCUCGAGAUGCACCACAAGGAGCACUUCCCCAUCAGCUCUGCGAUGCCGCUCGAUCUCGAGAGCAAAGACGGCUCGACGCGCCAGCUCGUCAUGCCCGUCGUCGGCUACGAGUCUCCGACGGCGCCUCGCUCGACGCACCCCUUCGGCGCGUGGCCCAGCGGCCGCAUUCCGGCGCUGUACGGCCCCGGCCACCCGCAGCAGCCCGAGUCGCCGCAGUCGAUGGGCAGCCCGCCCAUCGUCGAGGAGGUGGCGCUCGACGGCGGCAUCCACAUCAUCCGCAGCCAGGUCACGCACGUCGACGACCUGCGCCAGUGAACGCGAACCUUCCCACAGCGACGCCGCCCCGUUCCCACAUCCGCGCUCCCACACACGAUCCUUUGUAGCCUCG